GCAGUCUCUGGUCAUCUCCUGUACUAUGUCUACAGUCCCUGGUCAUCUCCUGUAGUAUGUCUCUGGUCAUCUCCUGUACUAUGUCUGCAGUCUCUGGUCAUCUCCUGCACUAUGUCUGCAGUCUCUGGUCAUCUCCUGUACUAUGUCUGCAGUCUCUGGUCAUCUCCUGUACUAUGUCUGCAGUCUCUGGUCAUCUCCUGUACUAUGUCUGCAGUCUCUGAUCAUCUCAUGUACUAUGUCCGCAGUCUCUGGUCAUCUCCUGUAUAUGUCCGCAGUCUCUGGUCAUCUCCUGUACUAUGUCUGCACUCUCUGAUCAUCUCAUAUACUAUGUCUGCAGUCUCUGGUCAUCUCCUGUAUAUGUCCGCAGUCUCUGGUCAUCUCCUGUACUAUGUCCGCAGUCUCUGAUCAUCUCGUGUACUAUGUCCGCAGUCUCUGGUCAUCUCUU